AUGGCGAAGAAUAACGGUGAACAAGCGGAGGUCAGUUUGGUCCCUUUCCCCUUGCCGUUUUGCGGGUUUCCAUGACGAUUCGUUCUUUUCGUUUCUCAUUCUGUUUGGAGCUAUGAACCCUGAAAGUAUUCUGACCAAUAAGAAGACUUGUGAUGAGGUGAGAAGGUUUUGUAGGGCAAACAACUGAAAACCAAUCGGCAUUCGCGAUCCGAUUUGUAUCUCUAGACGUUUUUCGAAAAUAGCACUUCCAAACGGAUGUUCGUUAGAACUGAAUUCAUGAGAGAUUGAGGUCAACAGUCAGCCUAAAGAUUAUUCUAAAAACGCAAGAGUAACAAUAUGACAACAAAAAUAUCAUUCUGCUAUAUACAUUCGCCGUCUUCUCCUGCCUCGCAUUGUGUUGAUUCAGGCCGUCCGUCCGUCCAUAUACAUCCACAUAAAGUGCCACGUCCGCUCCCCUCGUUUCCAUGUAUCUUUUCCUCUCUCCCUCUUCCCACGGACUGCUCCCCAUUUACAUUCCCCGUUGGCUUUUCCGUCCUUUUAUACCAGUCGCUUUGCCCGGUUUUUCAUUCCAUUCCAAAACUAAACUCUCUUUUCUGUCACUGAUUUCUUGCUAGCAAUGUCGGGCGGUGAAACGGUAGGAAAUGCUGCUUUUGUUCUCUGAAAACCUUUGAAAUCUAUAAAUUGCUCCGUUUGCAGGGUCUCGAAGCGUGCAUCGGACAGAGCCACCAAGUGAUGUCCACUCCGACGGCCGAAUUAGAGGCGUUCCGUGCCCGCAAAGUCGCUCUCAUCACCGGAAUCUCUGGACAGGUCAGUCGCCCUCCGACUGAGAACUACACUAUAGUUUCCGAUGGUUUUAGGAUGGCUCCUACCUGGCCGAACUGCUCCUUUCGAAGGGCUACAAAGUGCACGGAAUCAUCCGUCGUUCGUCUUCUUUCAACACCGCCCGCAUCGAGCAUCUCUACAGUAACCCGAUCACCCACCACGGCGACUCUUCAUUCUCCCUCCACUACGGAGACAUGACCGACUCCUCGUGCCUCAUCAAGCUGAUCUCGACGAUUGAGCCGACCGAAGUGUACCACCUGGCCGCGCAGUCGCACGUCAAGGUCUCUUUCGAUCUUCCGGAGUACACGGCCGAAGUGGACGCCGUCGGAACUCUCCGUCUUCUCGAUGCAAUCCACGCGUGCCGUCUCACCGAAAAGGUCCGAUUCUAUCAGGCCUCCACUUCGGAACUCUACGGAAAGGUGCAGGAGAUUCCGCAGAGCGAGAAGACUCCUUUCUACCCGAGAUCGCCUUACGGUAUUCAGUUGUAGUCAAAGUUCUAAACGCUCAAGUUUUCAUUUCAGCUGUCGCCAAGAUGUACGGCUACUGGAUCGUCGUCAACUACCGCGAAGCGUACAAUAUGUUUGCCUGCAACGGAAUCCUCUUCAACCACGAAAGCCCGAGAAGAGGUACAGCACACCUACAGUAAUUCCUCCAAUUUGACUCGUUCCAGGCGAGACCUUCGUCACUCGCAAGAUCACUCGUUCGGUCGCCAAGAUCUCACUGGGACAGCAGGAGUGCGUCGAGCUCGGAAAUCUGAGUGCUCUCCGUGAUUGGGGACACGCGAGAGAGUACGUGGAGGCCAUGUGGAGGAUCCUUCAGCACGACGCUCCGGACGACUUUGUCAUUGCGACCGGAAAACAGUUCAGUGUCAGAGACUUUUGCAAUCUGGCUUUUGCUGAAAUUGGAGAGGAAUUGAAGUGAGAUAUUAGGAAACGAAGGAAAGCAUUUAAAGAAAUGUAUUUCAGGUGGGAAGGAGAAGGCGUCGACGAAGUGGGACGCAACAAGAACGGAGUGGUCCGCGUGAAAGUGAGCCCGAAGUACUACAGGCCGACCGAGGUGGAGACACUGCUCGGAAACGCCGAGAAGGCCAAGAAGACUCUCGGAUGGGAGGCCAAGGUUACUGUGCCGGUGAGUCAAUAUUCACAGUUUCGACUGGAGACGAAUAAGUUCUCACAUACUCACUUAUACUUGUGAGGUUGAUGAAAAAAUAUUCCCAUAUUUCAGGAGCUCGUGAAAGAGAUGGUCGCUAGUGACAUUGCUCUCAUGAAAUCCAAUCCGAUGGCCUAA